AUGUCCGACAAACCCCUCAUUAACUCUGCCCAUCAGCCAGGGAAUACAUGCCUUGCGUUUUCAAGGGAAGGCUCGCACAUCUACACUGGAGGGACGGACGCGUUGGUCCGCAUUUGGCGCACAGACGCAGGCGCAGACCAAGAACCAGAUGCUGCUACUGAAGCUGUUGAUGGGGUCACCACAGUGGCUGCUGGUCGCAACUCUUGGUUUUCUGGAAGCGAAGACGCCGAAGUCAGGCAGUACACUCGAGGGGCAAAAGACCUGGAAGGUCUCAUUACCAGUGCGAUUGGCGUACCCAUCCGUUGUGUCGCAGUGGAUCCGAAGGGAGCCCGGAUCGCCGUCACUUCAGAUGAACCCACCGUCAAGCUUAUUGACCUGGAAGAUACCACGAAAAUCGUUGUCUUGAAGGGCCACACGAAGGCUGUCCGUAGGGCGACGUGGCACCCGUCCGGAUCUCUUUUGACUACAUGUGGAGCAGAAGGGAAGAUCAUUGUUUGGGACGUAUCAGAAGACGAACCAAAGGAAGAGAAAGUCAUUGAGGGCGUGAUCCCAGCAGUAGCAAAUUCUGAGUCUCCGGAAUUUGCACACGAUUGCUCUGCGAUCUGGCACACUUCUGGGCAAUACUUCUUUGCAGCUACUCGGGCGCACGAAAUUGUAACCAUCUCCCGGAACGAUUGGGCAAAGUCCUCCACGUAUUCAGAUGAUGCGUUGUCGGGUCCCAUCACCGCUAUGGCUCUGUCGAAGAACGGCGUGUACCUCACGUCGGCCUCCAAGUCGGGGAUAUUCAUCUGGUCGACGCAGACGCGUCGACUGCUUUUCCGCUUCCAAGGCUCGCUUAGCGCACCAGUCACCCAGAUCGCUUUCUCACCCUCCCAGAAUCUGCUUGCAUGGACAGACAUGGACGGCGUAUUAACCCGGUGGCCGCACCCUAUCCCCGCAUCCUCUCCCGACCCCACGAAGGUUUCGGGCGGUUCGAGCUCUGCGACCGUCCCUAAGCAAAGGGCAAGGACUCCCACAUUAUUCGACCAUGACGCCGAUACGCCAAGAGGUAGUAAAAGGGACGUUGACAAGGAUCUCGGUGUGGACCUCGAUAACGAUGAUUGGAUACUGGAUGACUUGGGUGGAGGGAUGGAAGAUGACACUGAGAAGAAGUGGGACGCUGAGGAUGGUGUGCGGGAAAUGGUGAGUGUCACGAAGGCACAACCCCCCUUCCAGCCAGGCUCCACUCCGAUGGAGAACAAGAAACGGUACCUCGCCUACAACAUGAUCGGCGUCAUCGAGGUGACCGACCAAGACACACACCACAUCGUCAACGUGGAAUUCCACGACCGGUCAGCUCGGAAAAGCUACCAUUUCACGGACCACUUCAAGUAUGAACUUGCAUCCCUGGGUGAACGCGGUGCGCUGUACGCGUGCCAACCGGAGAACGACCACCCCGCGCACGUCAUGUAUAAGCCAUACGGGACCUGGGCAACGCAGGGCGAAUGGACGUACGAGCUCCCGAAGGACUCGCGCGUGCUGGGUGUCGCUGCGGGCGGACUCCCGCCCACUAAAUCGCUCCGCGAGAAGUCGGAUGCAGAUAUCCGGGGGAACGGCAACGUGGUGGUCGCCACUAGCGACAAUGAGCUGAUCUUCUUGACUGGCACGGGCAUUGAGCGGCAUUGCCUGAGUCUGCAAGGAGACUUUGUGUCGAUGGUUGCGGGCGCGGAGUGGGUGUUCGUCGUACACCGAGAUGGUUCCACGACUUUGGACGGCUCGCAGAAUUUGACCGGUAGACUCAUCAAAUUCGACGACUUCUGUUUACUGCAGAAAGAUACACUGCCUGUCCCGAAGAAACACAUCCUCACAUGGAUCGGGAUCACGGAGGAGGGGGCUCCAGCCAUCUUUGACUCUGCGGGCGUGUUGAAUAUGUUACCCAGGUUCAGACUGCCAUUCGCAGCAACAUGGACACGUGCCCUGGACACUAACACCUUGGAGCGGCGGGAGGGAAAGCAAGAAUCAUACUGGCCCGUGGGUGUUGAUGGAGAAACGUUCAUGUGCUUGAUUCUCAAGGGUAGACAAGAGUAUCCAGGAUUCCCUCGUCCCCUCAUCCAGGAUCUUCCCCUGCGACUUCCGUUCCAUCGGACUGACCCGAAGGAGGCACCACUGGAGGAGCAUCUUGCACGUGAGACCAUCCUGCUUGACAUCCUCCGCGAUGGGCUCGGCGACGAGCUCACGACAGACGACAUCUCGCGGCGGGAGCUCGCGCUCGACAAGGAGAUCAUCCAGCUGAUCCAGAACGCAUGUAAGAACGAUCGCCUGGCGCGUGCACUGGACCUCACACGGCUCCUGCACCACACCGCGUCGUUCGACAUGGCGAUGAAGGUCGCGGGAUUCUACCACCUCAUCGGGCUGCAGGAGAAGAUGGAGGCGCUCAAAGACGACCGCGAGGGCGUCGACCGCCUAGCGGGCGCGCGCGAUAGGCGCAGGCAGAGUGCGCGGGACCUCGCGCCUGUUCCGCCUGAGCGCUCGUAUUAUGCUGAGCCCCAGCGCCCGAAAGCCUUCCAGGACUUUCGGCCCCCGCCUGCGAUCCAUCGUCCCGGCCUCGAACGUGCGAUGCCCGCCAUGGAUUCGUUCAAGAGCACCGCUACUGUGCCGGCAAGGGCAGACAUGAGCAGUCAGGUGUCAGCAGACACUAGUACCUUUGAGUCGUCGUUUGUCGACGAUUCCAUGGACGCCGACUGGUCGGUCGCUUCUCCAGACGGGAAAAGGAAGCGCGCGGAGGAAGACGAGCCUGUGCGAGAAUUGCGCUAUCCGAGCGUCGACAAUGCGGCGAAGCGGCGUGCUAUAGGGGAUCCCGCCGCACUGUCGAGAGGAAAUCCUUUCGCUCGCAAGGUUGGCGCAGACACGGGUCGUAAUCCUUUCACAAGGAGUGUGGAAGCCAACAGAUCGGUGCAAAAAAGCGAGAGCUUCUUCAAUAAAGUUGAUGUUGCCGAGACUACUCGGCAUCCACCAAACAAGGGCAAGUCGAAAGAGAAGGAGAAGAAAACUACCGGGAAACAGGCCACGCUGUUUGGCUAUCCAUCUGUUCCUCCGCCAGAGAAAAGGGCACCAGGACGCAAAAAGAAAAGCAGCGAAGACUCUCAGCCGGUGCCGACCGAUAAGUCAAGUGAAGGGACGCCCAUCGCUGAGAAACCAGCGGACAACGUAGCAAUGGUGACCGAGACCGAAACACAGGAAGCUGACGACACACAAGUGGAGUCGAUGGCGUCACAACUGGCAGGGAUCCCUCCGACACCAGAGGAAGACAUAACAGAUGCGGUCGAGCAUAAGGAAGGCUCGGCAGGGACGCCUACACUAUCUGCCGGCAGUAGCGCAGAGGUAUCAAAAAUGUGA